GGGCAACUGGACCACGCAGCCAGGCCCUGGUCCAGGUCCCGAUCUGACAAACGAGGAGAAGGAGAUCAUCAACAAUGUGAUCGCCCGGGCUGAGAAGAUGGAGGCCAUGGAGCAAGAGAGGAUUGGGCGCCUGGUGAACCGUCUGGACGACAUGAAGAAGACGGUGUGUGGUGACGGCGUGUCCCGCUGCCUGCUGUGCGGAGAGCAGCUGGGCCAACCGGGGGUCAGCUCAGUGGUCUGUGAGGACUGCAAAAAGCACAUGUGUACUAAGUGUGGGGUGCAGAGCGCUGGCCGGCCUCGCCCCGUGUGGCUCUGCAAGAUCUGCAGCGAACAGCGAGAGGUGUGGAAACGCUCUGGAGCCUGGUUCUUCAAAGGCUUCCCCAAGCAGUUCCUGCCCUCACCCAUGCCCAUAUCCAAGUCCAGAGAAGCAAGUGCCCAGCAGGCAGCAGGCGCCCAGACCCCACCGGUCCCUAAGCCCCAGACCCAGGCCAAGACCCAGGCCAAGACCCAGGCCAAGACCCAGGCCAAGACCCAGCCCCAGGCCCCAGGACCGGAGCCCCAGAGCCGUGCUGGGUACCCACCUGUGGCCGUCAAACCAGCCCAGGUGAGCGUGGCGCCGGGCGGGGCCGGGGCUGCCGAGGGCGGGGCUCAGAGCAGCCCAGCGGUGCUGAAGAAAACGAUGCCGGUUCAGAGCUCCAGACCUCAGGCCGCGACGCCGGCCGCCCAGAACGAGGCAGGAGGAUACUCCACCAGCACUGCCUCAUCAGAGCAGAGGGCGCCCCCUGCAGCCUGGGAGGAGAGGAGGCAGCCUGCGGUUCAAAACCCCCCUGCGGCUCGGCAGCAGUCCCCCACAGGGGAGGAGGAGGACGAGGCCAACAGCUACGACUCGGAUGAAACCACUACGCUGGGAGCCCUGGAAUUCAGCCUGCUCUACGAACAAGAGAGCAACAGCCUCCACUGCAGCAUACUCCGAGGAAAGGGACUGAAGCCGAUGGACUCUAACGGGCUGGCCGACCCUUACGUCAAGCUGCAUCUGCUGCCAGGGGCCAGCAAGUCUAACAAACUACGCACCAAGACUCUGAGAAACACCCGCAACCCGGCCUGGAACGAAACCCUGGUCUAUCACGGCCUCACGGAGGAGGACAUGCAGCGCAAAACUCUCAGGCUCUCUGUGUGUGACGAGGACAAGUUUGGACACAACGAGUUCAUCGGAGAAACCAGAGUGGCUCUGAAGAAACUGAAGAUGAACCAGAAGAAGAACUUCAGCGUUUGUCUGGAGAGAGUGGUUCCUACGAAGAAGACCGCAAGUGCAGGAGCAGCGAGAGGCAUCUCACUUUAUGAGGAUGAGCCUGGGAAGGACAGUGCGGAGGCUGAGGAGCGCGGCCGGGUCCUUAUCUCCCUGAUGUACAGCACCCAGCAGAGCCGCCUGCUGGUGGGGGUGGUGCGCUGCGUCCACCUGGCCGCCAUGGACGCCAACGGCUACUCCGACCCGUUCGUCAAAAUAUGCUUGAGACCUGAUAUGGGGAAGAAGGCCAAGAACAAGACUCAGAUCAAGAAAAAGACACUAAACCCAGAGUUCAACGAGGAGUUUGGUUAUGACAUCAAACACGGCGAGCUGGCCAAGAAGACUCUAGAUAUCUCUGUGUGGGACUAUGACAUAGGGAAGUCCAAUGAUUACAUUGGAGGUUGCCAGCUGGGCAUCACCGCUAAGGGAGAGAGGCUGAAGCACUGGUACGAGUGCCUGAAGAACAAGGACAAAAAGAUUGAGCGCUGGCACACUCUGCUGAACGAGAACCACGUCUCCAGCGACUAAUCUCCCCAAACGAGCCUUCUUACCUUUAGUUCUGCCCCUCUCUCAACCCAACUGUCCU